CUCCAACUAGAAAUGACCUGCACCAAUCCACUGACAACUGCGGCCUGUCAAUGUUCCAGCCUCAAAACCACUAGGCUCAACGAAGUUGAAAGUACGAAAUACGGGCGAUGAUCGAUCAGCAGCUGAAACUACAGCACCUCUUCUCCGGGCCAGCAGUACAAAAGGUCUGCAACUCGCUCGCCAUGUCCGGCGUAAACUGCAUCUCAAGUCACGCUUCCCAACCAACACCAUGGCAGGCUGGACGGCAUACGCCUACUAUCCCUCCACUGCAGGGGCGGUCAUCAUGAUCUUGCUCUUCCUGAUCGCCACCCUGAUCUUUAUCUACCAGCUCCUUCGCACGCGGGCCUGGCUGACCAUUGCCGCGUUGAUCGGAUCCCUUUUCGAAGUGGUCGGAUACUGUGGCCGUGCCCUGUCCGCCCAUCAAUCUCCCGACUGGACUCUGGGACCCUACAUCAUCCAAAGCACACUUCUCCUGAUCGCCCCGGCUCUGUUCGCAGCCACCAUCUACAUGGUCCUGGGUCGCAUCAUCCUCCUCGUGCGCGGCGAGCCUCACUCGAUCAUCCGUGUGAAGUUCCUGACCAAGAUCUUCGUCGUGGGCGAUCUCCUCUCCUUCCUGAUGCAAGCCUCCGGCGCCGGCCUGAUGGUCCAAUCCGGCUCCGCGACUGAUCACACCGGCGAGAAUGUCAUUCUCGGCGGUCUGGUCAUCCAGAUCCUCUUCUUCUGCUUUUUUAUUACUGUGGCCGUCAUCUUCCAACGCCGCAUCUACCGCCAUCCCACGGUGCGGUCGGAGUCGCCCUCGAUCCCCUGGCGGAAACACUUUUUCUCGCUCUACGCGAUGAGUAUUUUGAUCCUGAUCCGGUCCAUGGUGCGGUUCAUCGAGUAUGUCCAAGGCCAGCAGGGAUACGUGAUCACGCACGAGGCUUUCAUCUAUGUGUUCGACGCGGUGCCCAUGUUUCUGACGCUGUGCAUUUUGAUCGUGGUGCACCCCAGUGAGAUUAACGGGCUGUUGGGCAGGUCGCGGGUGGCGGCGGUGGGUAACGGAUUGCGAUUCAGGGAUAUUACGCCUGUAUUGUAA